AUGAUGUGUGGACUGAGAGUGUUGAAGAUUUUUCGCUCUGAGCGAAACCUGAGCAAGUCAAUUUAUCCUUUUACUCAUUUUUUUCUUGAACUCUUGCACUGGGCAAAGUCCUAUUAUUUUCGACUCCUUUUCGAAGAUAGACACCAGACUUCUUUUUGCAGCCACAUCAACACCAGGAGUGCAUAUAUAUGUGUCAUGUUUCGUAUAUUUAUUUAUGUUGAGCAGUACAGCAGAACAGAUAAUGUAUUGUUAUGUGCAUUGUUUUUGCAAGUCAUGUAUGUUCAUAAGAUUCCUUUUUCGGCGAGUUUGUCAAAGAUAACCGGUGCAAUCAUACACGAGUCUGCUCUUAAAACAAGCGAUCUGCAUACUGAUGUGUCAGAUAUCAAAUAUGUCCUUUCAUUCACAGUGAGCGAAAAAGGUCUAUUCAAGGUAAAAUACAAUAUUGAAAAGCAAUAA